CGUGCAUCCACUUUUCUGCCUUUGGAAGGAUUUAAUGACAGUUCGACUAGGAUAAAAAUAAAUUUCAUACAAAUAUAUUGAAACACUAGAAACAGACUGUUAAAUAUUUUCACUUUAACGUGAAGAGAUGGGUAAUACUAAAUGGAGUAAAAACUUAGUGACUUUCAUGUUUUGGAUAAACUGUGUCCAGGACCUUAUGCUGAAAAACUUACCCAAUCAUUUCAAUGUUACUGCUUGUUUAGUAGUAUAUCUCAAAUUUUCAAUCAUCAUCAUAGGUGGGAGGGCCACAUUCUCCUUAUAUUUAAUAUCAUAUAAUUGAUCUGAUUUAUAUAUUCUAUACCUGACUCUUGUAGAAGCUUACCUUAUUUGUAUUUUUUCUUCAUUUAAGGAGGUGUGAGUUAUUAGCUCUCCAAUUGUAAUAAUUAAACAUAGUUGCAGUUUUCAUGCAAAACCAAAUUGUCUAGUUAAAAACAGCUCUUAAAUGGACUGCUAUACUUAUCAUUUAAAACAGGUCUUGUUUUUUAUGCUGCUGUUUACUGAAAUAACAUAAAUACCUCAUUUUUUUUUCAUUCUGGACAUUUUGGUAACCUGAAGGAGACUGCAGAUAAUUUAAGGCAUGUAAGAAUGAACUUUUACAUUGGCUAUGAUUCAUGAAUUAUUUUCCUUAAAAAUCAGUAUAUCUUCAUUGUUACUGUGUUUAAAGAUUAAGCAUAUUCCAAUUUUUAUAAUUUGUCUCAACCAGGAAAGUACUUUUUUCUAGUUUGUUUGUGUGUAUCAUGUGUGUGUGUAUGUGUGUGUAUGUGUAGGUAAGAGAGAGAGACUGUAUAUGUAUUCACUAGAUCAACAUCAGUAUAUUCUUUAAGUUACUAUCUUACCCACAAAAUAUGAACAUAUUAAAUUUUUACAUACGUGUGUGUGUGUGUGUGUGUGUGUGUGUGUGUGUGUGAAUACUGGUUUCCUGAGCAUUGGAGAAAAAAAGUAUAAUGGAAAUAUUACUAGCACUUGUUUCUGUGGUUUUCCUAAAGAAUUGCAUUAUGAUGUACAUAAGUAGUACCAUGAGUUAUGGUUCUACCUGUUGCCAAGCAACAACAAAGGUUCUUUUUGUGGGUUUUUUUUUUAUUAUUAUUAUUAUGUCCUAUUUCUAUACUGGCCUAUCUCCCUUUCAGCAGAAAAAAACAUUACCUUAAGACUUUUUUAAAAUGAUUAAUAUUUAGAAAAUUGAAUUAAUUUUAUGGUAGAUUAAUCCUAAUCUUCCAUUACUGGAAAUAUGGGUUUUUAAUAGUUAAAGGGUAAAAAAAUCAAAGGAAUUUAAUUCAUAAUCCUCAAAAAUGAUGAGACACUACAUGGAUACAGAGGCUAAGAACAUGCCUGGGAAGAUUAGUAUCCCUGAAAGGUUCGCCUUCUCAGAAGGAAAGGCUAUUGAGCAUCCAGAUUACCCACACUACAGUAACCUCUUACAGAAAAUGAACAUGCCCUUUGUGAAAGGAGUUGAAGACAGACAUAACUGUGACAGAUUUGAAAGAAAAUGCAACCCUACAUUUUUAAAAUUUCAUCCUUACCCCCCUUCAGUCCUGCCAGACUUUCAUGUUCACUACCCCUAUCCCCCACCAUACGGGAAGGCGUAUCCAUUGUCCCCACUGCGUGACGAUGUGCCCUUGGGUGACCCCUGCUCAGGAUUUAUGAGUCCUGGUGGAGAUGCUGAUUUAAAGCCUGGUAUUGGUAGAGCCAUACCAAACCUGGUGAGUUUCCAUGAUGUGAAACCUCAAAAUCGAGUUCCUAGGCCAGACAAAGGAUUUCAAACAACAAUAAAAAGGCAAACAAUACUUGCAGAAGAACUAAAAGAGGAGAGGACAUGGAAUUCCAGGAAAGUACCAGACAGUUCCAUCAAGGCAAAACUUGGAGGUUGGACAAGCCCACUGAAAGUUACCCCGGUACCAGUUCAUGAACACGAAGUAGGCACUUUAAGUCGCAUAUAUACCUUUGACGAGGAGGCAGCAAAAACAGAUGAUAAUGAAACGCUUGUCCAGCUAGACAAGAAAUAUAACAUAAAGGAUUCAUUUUACAAAUCCUCGACACAGAAAGCUUAUGAAGAUGUUCCUUGGGACAAGAUACUUUCACCAAAACCUGAACCAGAAGAAACAACUGUGGAAAAAGCUGCUGACUGCAUCUCACAGUGUUUUUCACUGAGAAGAUAUGAAAGGCUACCAGCCAUUACCCAGAUGGUCGGAGGACUCUGGGACAGAUUUCAGACGAGAUUGUUCUCAGCGCCAGCUAAACCAAUCAGUUUUGUGAGUCCAAGUACAAGGAGUAAAUACAUUCCUCUGUAUACUGGUCAUGUGCAGAGCACAAAUGCUGAUGAUGUGGACAACCCCUACGGAGAUAUCAAGUCUGUGGCCAGGCCUCGGCACUCUAAACUUCUCUAUACAAACACAAGCCGGUCUGGAAAUAUCCCAGGAUACACUGGCAAGGUUCAUUUCACAGCCACCCACCCAACAAAUUCUCGUAUUCCAUCAACAAUGCCAUCAGCAGAUUCAGAGAUGAACCGUCUCUUACUACAAGAAAUGAGAGUUGACCGCUUCCGUCACCAGGGCCCAAUGUCCCAAAUGGUGACAACUGUGAAGCCUUACAACCCUUUCAACCGGAAAGAGAAAGAAACCAUUGACUACUGAAGGAGACCACACCCCUGUGAGACUUCUCAGUCCAGCGGGGGAAGGCUUUGUACACAGAGAUGAAGAAAAAAAGAAGAACACAGAAUAUUCUAAA